GGGGCGUGGCUACACAGAGAACGCGGAAGUUUUCCAUGUGUACAGAAAAAGAUGAAGGAUUUUUGAAUGUAUUAAAAUAAAUAUAAUGACAGCUUCAGAUCCAAAACUUAUUUUGUUAUUCAGUGGAAAACGGAAAUCCGGGAAGGACUACGUGACCGAUUUGAUACAAAAAAGGUUGAGUCCAAAGCUGUGCUGCAUCCUCCGGCUUUCUGCUCCACUCAAAGAACAAUACGCACAGGAGCAUGGACUGGACUUUGAGGAGCUUCUGGGAGCAGGGAAGUACAAAGAACAGCACCGGGCAGAGAUGAUCAGAUGGGGAGAGAGAAGAAGGCAGAAAGACCCAGGCUUCUUCUGUCGCAUGGCUGUGUGUGGAGCCUCUCAACCCAUGUGGAUUGUGAGUGACUGCAGGCGCAUGUCUGAUUUACAGUGGUUCUGGAGUGAAUAUCCACAGCAGUGUGUGUGUGUCCGUGUGGAGGCUUCUGAGCAAACCAGGGCUCAGAGGGGAUGGAGAUUCACUGCAGGAGUAGACGAUGCAGAGUCUGAAUGUGGUCUGGAUCAGGACGUGGACUUUGACUGGACCAUAAGGAACGACGGUGAUGUCACGUUUCUCGACAGACAGCUCCAGGGACUGUUGUCAUUAGCUAGGGAGAGGACAAUGGAGCACCAAUACACACAAUAUAGUAUAAAAUCAAAUGGACAAUGAACAGGAGAUUUAGCUGUCGAACUAACUAAAGUAUUAUGACCUGUUAUUUUUUGACAUCCUGAAAAUUGACGGGCAUUUAUAUUAUGAUUUGCAAAACAUUAUGUUGCUGUUUACAUUCAUAUAUUUUUAAGAGCAAUUAAGAGAACCAAUCCCCGUAGUGCCUAAGCAAGUCCUAAACCAUAACAGAUUUGCUUGAAUGUGAUUGUCUCACUUGUAAUUAUUCCAAAUAAAAUGGCUAAACAUUA